AACUAAACCAUCUCUUUAAACACUGAAAACAAUUGAAGUGUAACUCAUUUCUUGUCUUCUCUAGAAACUUAAUCAUGGAACUUUACAACUACAUUCUUCACUUCACAGUUCUGUUCCUAUGCAUGUUUUCUCAGUUAUUCAACUGCCAGCAAGUAUACCUCAAUAACACUGUCUUUGACUGCACUAACCCCUCUACUGUACCAAAAGGAUACCUCUGCAAUGGCCUUAAAAAAUCAUGUACUUCCUUUUUAGUUUUCAAGUCAAAACCUCUCUAUGAUAACCCUACAAAAAUUGCCUACCUUCUUCGCUCUGAAGCAUCAGCCAUAGCCUCAAUCAAUAAGAUCCCUUUAAAUGAAAAGAUUCCUUCAAAUAAAUCAAUCAUUGUCCCAGUCUUUUGUUCAUGUGAUGGAAAUAUCUACCAGCAUAGUACAUCUUACUCUGUAAAGCAGAAUGAUACUUACUAUGAGUUGGUAAAAGAAACUUACCAAGGCCUUACAACCUGCCAGGCAUUGAUGGGUCAGAACUACUAUGCUCCUGUCUCAAUUCAACUUGAUGCUGAGCUCACAGUUCCAAUACUAUGUGCUUGUCCCACAGCAAACCUGACGGCAAAAGGGGUUACCUCCUUACUCGUUCACAUGGUGAACUAUGGUGAAACGGUUAAGUCGAUAGGAGAAGCUUAUGGUGUUGAUGAACAUAGUAUGCGAGAGGCCAAUGAGUUGUCAGGGCUGCAAAGUGCAAACAGCAGUGUGAUCCUCUUUGCAUCGACGCCUAUACUAGUUCCUCUGAGACGCAAGAAUUGUAAAGAGAACUCAGAUAGAUUCUAUUGCAAAUGUUCCGAGGCACUACAUGGAGAUGAAAGCUCCAAGGGGAUCUACUGUGACGAAUCUCCUAGACGAAAAGUUCCUGCAAAAUUGGUUGCUGCCUCAGGUAUGGGAAUUGGUACAGUCUUACUGUGUUUGUUUCUUUUGAGUUGCAAAUUAUAUCAACACAUAAAGAAAAGGAGAGCAAGUACUCAUAAGGAAAAGUUAUUCAGGCAAAACGGUGGUUACUUGUUACAAGAGAAGUUAUCAUCUUAUGGAAAUGGAGAAAUGGCAAAGCUUUUUACGGCAGAAGAGCUGCAAAGAGCAACAGAUAACUACAACCGGAGUAGAUUUCUUGGUCAAGGUGGCUAUGGCACGGUGUACAAAGGAAUGUUACCAGAUGGAACCAUAGUUGCAGUUAAAAAGUCAAAAGAACUAGAAAGGAACCAGAUAGAGACUUUUGUCAAUGAAGUGGUCAUCUUGUCACAGAUCAACCACAGGAAUAUUGUCAAACUCUUAGGCUGUUGUCUUGAAACAGAAACUCCAUUACUAGUUUAUGAAUUUAUUCCCAACGGAACUCUUUCCCAACAUAUACAUAUGAAAGACCAAGAGUCCUCCCUUUCAUGGGAAAACCGCCUAAGAAUUGCAUGUGAAGUUGCUGGAGCAGUGGCAUAUAUGCAUUUUUCGGCUUCUAUUCCAAUCUUCCACAGAGACAUAAAACCCACAAACAUACUACUAGACAGUAACUUUAGUGCCAAGGUAUCUGAUUUUGGGACAUCAAGAUCAAUACCACUAGAUAAGACUCACCUAACCACAUUUGUAGGUGGAACUUACGGGUACAUAGAUCCUGAAUAUUUCCAGUCCAAUCAAUUCACUAAUAAGAGUGAUGUAUACAGUUUCGGGGUCGUGCUUGUAGAGCUCAUAACCAGUAGAAAGCCUAUUUCAUUCUAUGAUGAAGAUGACGGUCAGAAUUUGAUUGCACAUUUCAUUUCAGUGAUGAAGGAGAACCAAGUUUCUCAAAUUAUAGAUGCUAGACUGCAAAAGGAAGCAGGGAAAGACACCAUUCUUGCCAUUUCAAGUCUUGCAAGGAGAUGCUUGAGACUUAAUCAUAAGAAAAGACCAACAAUGAAAGAAGUUUCAGCAGAAUUAGAAACACUAAGAAAGGCACAAAGUUCUUUUGAAAUCAACCAUGAUCAUGAUUCUUCAUCAAGUGAUGAAGAAUCAUUUGGGCACGGAAUUAAUGAAUCAACAGACCAAGAGUCCAAAGAGGAAAGCAAUUUAUUUUCCUUACAAAUAGAAUCCGCGUCCUUCUGAAUCACCGGAUUGAUACUCCUUUUUUGCUACCCCCAACGUAAUUAGUAGUCCUUGACUCUCAAAUCCCAAUAGUUAUCCACACAGGUUAGGCCCUUUAGAUCCACUCUAGGACUAAUUCUCGAGUUGGCAGUAGGGCAUCUAGUUUUUUACACGCAGGGUUGGGCUACCUUAUACUUGAUUCAUUAUGUUUUGUGCUUGAUUUUCAGCAUAGGAAUGAAGAUGUAUCUAUACUAUAGAUGGCUUAGGAUAAAUGACUUAUAUUAUUUAGCUUGUUUAAAUCAAAAAUUGGACAAACAAUUGUUAGUAAUUACUCCGCUCUGUUUCAUAAUAAUAGUCACUUCUGCAUUUUUUUAUCCGUCUUAAAA